GUCAGAUCCACCUGGAGUUUAGAGGUGUUAACAUCAGCGACUGCAGAUAGACUCUCAUGAUCGACAUUGGGUUUCCUGGAAACCGGUAUUCAUGACAUGUCAGUUGCAUUUAAAGAAGUGAAGACAUGAUGAAUGGAGAAACAAAGAUUCAUGCCCUCUCAAACAGUAUAACUUUGGAGGACACAGAAAAAGGAGAGGUCGUUGUCACAGGAAUCACAAAUCCAGCGAUUAACCCGAAGGAAGAUGAUCAGCUUGUUGUUGCAACCAUUCAUCUGGACCACCUCAGUAAAGAUGAAGUGCUAAACCUGAUCAGAAUCCUCGAGCCCUACGACAAGAACCUUGAACUUAAGACAGCAAAGGAUCUGAAAGCAGAACUGUCUCGUGGUGAUCUCCGAUUAAACAGUGGACAGAUAAAUGCCCCUUGCUUUAAGGAUGGCAUCUCAACCCCAGCAGUAAAUGCCAAAAUGCCACAGACUGAGCUAAAGGAUGCCACACCUAACUUCAGCCACCCAACUUUUGGCAUGUCUGCACCAAAUCUCAAAGGAGCAGGUCUGGAUGGUACAUUAGAAGCAGCUGAUGUCAGUGUCUCUACCCCUACUCUUAACACCCCAGAUGUUUCUGUUAAUGUGGACAAGCCUGAACUGAAGACCAAAACAUCCAAGUUCAAAAUGCCCACCUUUAGUCUACAUGGUAAAAAACCAAGGAUUGACAGUGAUGUGAAUUUAACCGCCCCAGACAUAAAUGCUGACCUAAAAACCCCAAAUCUUAAUCUGUCAGCCCCAAAGAUUAAUGGAGAAACUGGCACCCCUGAAGAAGACAUGACUCUGGAUGGUACAUUAGAAGCACCUGAUGUCAGUGUCUCUACCCCUACUCUUAACACCCCAGAUUUUUCUGUUAAUGUGGACAAGCCUGAACUGAAGACCAAAACAUCCAAGUUCAAAAUGCCCACCUUUAGUCUACAUGGUAAAAAACCAAGGAUUGACAGUGAUGUGAAUUUAACCGCCCCAGACAUAAAUGCUGACCUAAAAAACCCCAAUCUUAAUUUGUCAGGCCCACAGAUUAAUGGAGAAAUUGGCACCCCUGAAGUAGACAUGACUUUGCCAAAAACUGAGCUCAGUGGUCCAAACCUGGACAUCGAAACACCAAAAGCUAACAUUGAAGCUCCCUCUGGCAAGAUUAAAUUUCCUAAAUUAAAGAAACCAAAAGCUUCAAAAGUGAAAGUACCAGAGGUGAGUGUUGGUGCAAAUAUUUCUGCUCCAAAAUUAAAUGCAGAUGUUAGUGCACCAAAUGUUGACACUGAUCUGCCAAGAGCCAAUCUUGAAGCUCCAGAUGUAGAUAUUAAAUCUCCUGAUGUCAAUAUAAAUGCUCCCUCUGGCAAAAAAAAAUGGGCAACAUUUAAGAAACCCACAUUUGGUCAGAAGGUUAAAGCACCAGAGGUUGGCUUAGAUGUCUCAACAUCUGAUUUAAGUCUCUCAGCACCAAAGAUAGAUGGGGAUAUCAGCAUCCCAAAUACAGAUGUCAAUUUACCAAGUGCUGAUGUUGAUGUAAAAGCACCUGAUGUUGACAUUAAUGCUCCGUCUGCAAAGCACAAGUUCCCCACUUUUAAAAUGCCAAAGCUAAACUUGCAUAAAUCAAAGCUGAAAACUCCAGAUCUAAAUGCAGGGGUACAAGCACCAGACUUGGACAUGUCAGCUCCUGGAGUAGAUAUUAAUCUGCCAAAAGCUGAACUAGAUGGACCGAAUAUAGAUGUCAAGACACCAGACCUCAACCUCUCUGCACCAGAUCUAGAUAUUAAAACUCCAGCUGUUAAUGUGAUGACACCAGAUAUUGAUAUAGAAACUCCAUCUGCAAAGUUAAAUAAGCCCCAUGUUAAACUGCCUAAAGUAAAUCUAUCUGGGCCAAAAAUGAAAGGUCCUGAUGUAGACCUCAAUGCACAGGCAGAUCUCCAUGGACCGAACCUAGAUGUGAAAGCUCUAGAUCUCAGUCUUUCAGCACCCAGAGUGGAUGGCAAAUUGAGUGCUCCACAUGUGGAUCUGAACUUGCCAGAUGCUAACGUCAAAAGUCCAAAUGUAGACCUCGAAGUCCCAGACAUUGACAUAAAUGCUCCUAAAGUAGACAUUGAUGCUCCCUCUGGCAAAGCCAAGCUACCUCACUUUAAGAUGCCUAAAUUUGGUCUUUCUGGACAUCGUGUUAAAACCCCAAAUCUAAAUGCACCUGAUGUAGAUGUGAAUAUCCCCUCAGCAGAACUCAAAGGACCUAAUGUAGAUGUUAAAGCACCCGAUCUUAGUGUUUCCACACCUAAAUUUGAAGGUGACAUUCCUUCUCCCUCUGUAGACAUUGGCCUGCCAAAGGCCAACUUGAAUGCUCCAACUGCAAACAUUGGGGGAAAUCUAAAGUCACCAAAUCUCAAUCUCUCCACCCCAGAUGUAGACAUAGACUUGCCAAAAGCAGAACUUGAAGGACCUGAUGCUACCCUUAAAGUCCCAAAUGUUGACAUUAAUGCGCCAUCUGGAAAAAUGAAGUUGCCACAUUUCAAUUUGCCAAAAAUGAAUUUCUCGGGGCCAGAAGUUAAAGGGCCUGAGCUGGAAGCUAACACAGAUCUAGAUCUCUCAGUUCCCAAACUCAAAGGAGAAUUAAAUGCCCCUAUUGUUGACCUAAAUCUUCCCAAAGCUGAGAUCAGUGCGCCUGAUGUAAAUGCAACUUUACCAAAAGCUGAGGUCAGCAUUCCCAAUCUAGAUAUCAAGACCCCAGACUUAGAGGCUCCGUCUGGAAAGUUGAAACAGAUUACAUUUAAGAAACCAAAAGUUGACCUUUCUGGUCCAAAAGUGAAGACACCUGAGAUUGACUUGAAUACAGAAGCUCCUGAUCUCAGCCUCUCAGCUCCGAAUGUUGAUGCAGAUGUCAAUGUGCCAGAUGCUGAUUUAAACCUUCCCAAAGCAGAUGUUGACAUCAGUGCUCCCAAAGGAAAGUUGAAAUUCCCUACAUUCAAAAAGUUUAACUUGUCUGGUCCAAAAGUCAAAUCUCCUGAUGUUGACAUUGCCGCUGAAGUACAUGGACCAGAUCUGAACCUAUCUGCACCUGGGGUUGGUACUCCUGAUGUUGAUGUGAGUCUACCAAAUGCUGGGGUUGAUUUAGAUGUUCCCACAGCAGACGUUGACAUCAGUGCUCCCAAAGGAAAGUUUAAAUUUCCAACACUCAAAAAGUUUAACCUGUCUGGUCCAAAAGUCAAAUCUCCUGAUAUUGACAUUGCUGCUGAUGUAAGUGGACCAGAUCUGAAUCUAUCUGCACCUGGAGUUGGUAGUCCUGAUACUGAUGUGAGUCUCCCAAAAGCUGGGGUUGAUGUAGACAUUCCCACAGCAGACGUUGACAUCAGUGCUCCCAAAGGAAAGCUGAAAUUCCCAGCACUCAGAAAGUCCAACCUAUCUAGUCCAAAAGUCAAAUCUCCUGAAGUUGACAUUGCUGCUGAUGUAAGUGGACCAGAUUUGAACCUAUCUGCACCUGAGGUUGGUACUCCUGAUACUGAUAUGAGUCUACCAAAACCUGGGGUUGAUGUAGAUGUUCCCACAGCAGAUGUUGAAAUCAGCGCUCCCAAAGGAAAGUUUAAAUUUCCAACACUCAAAAAGUUUAACCGGUCUGGUCCAAAAGUCAAAUCUCCUGAUGUUGACAUUGCUGCUGAUGUAAGUGGACCAGAUUUGAAACUAUCUUUACCUGAGGUUGGUACUCCUGAUAUUGAUGUGAGUCUACCAAAUGUUGGGGUUGAUGUAGAUGUUCCAGGCAUCAACACUGAAGUUGAGAGCUCCAAGCAUAGGGUAAAAUGGCCAUUCUGGCGAAAAUCUACUGAAUCAAACGAUGCAGAUAUAAGCAUUAAAGCACCAGAAGUAAAUGGUACCACUGGAGAAAUUAAACUCCCUGAAAAUAUACCAUUGUUCAAGCCUCACCCCCUACCUGAGAUGAAAAUAGAGAGAAUCUUACCAAUACUCACUGGAGGGGUUGACCUCAGUACUGACCCUACAAAAACAACUACUGACACGGUUGUCUCAGUCUCGUCAGUCAAGACCUGUCUUAAUGCUUCUCCUCCAUCUGCUGGGGUCAAUGGACAAACAGCUCCUGUAGAGAUCCAGGAAAGGCUUCGGUUGUCUAAUUCACGUACUACAAGCCCAGAUUUCUGCAUAUCUUCAGAACCAGGCAGCCCUACAGAAGUGAAUAGAGGAACAUAUAAAGUCACAGAGCCUGAUGCUGCAAAGGACUACCAAGUAACUGAUACAACUAGCAACGAAGAUGACGCCAAGAUUACCCUCAGCUUGAACAACAUGCUUGGUUUGUAAACUAAACUUUAAAUAAAACCAGGAGUCUUGUUAGUGUUGUUCCACACCCACUGCAUAUAGUUAAUACAUAUGUAAAACAAUACAUACUUUUAAAAUGGGUAGAGUAUUGACAGAGAAGCAUUAUAUAAUUUGACAUAUGACAUAAUUUUUAUAUUCAGCUAUAUACAUAAUUGUAUAAAGUCCUCUUUAAAUGUGCAACGAUUGUAUCUCCUCAAAACAUGAAGGAAAAUAUUAUGAAUCUGUAAUUCUAUUUUGUCAUUAUUUUAUGUAAUAAUAUCUAAUAUAUAGUCUCUUGUUUACACUUAUUUCCUGUCCAUAUAUAUUUAUGUCAGUAUUGCAAAUUGGAAAAAAUAAAAGAACAAUAACAUUUAAGUGCAAAAUUUACAUCAGUAAAAUAACUGUCUUUGUUUGUUCCAUUAAGCAUGUACCUAUAUCUGUUAGCACACAAAUGUCUCAAAAUUCCUUAAUAAAAUUUGAUAUGAACAUUGCAUGGACAAUUCAUUUUAACACUCAUAUUUUGAUUAUUUCAGACUGUUAUACUGCAUGCUUUAAAAUGUAAUUUUUUUGGGAGGGAGGGGGGUGCACAAUGCGGUU